UAUUUUGAUUAGUACCUCGUUAUAUAGUGUUUUCUAUUUUUGUGAGGAAUAAUAAAUAAAGAAUGGCAAAGUUGAUCGGCACCAUCAUAGUGGUAGCAGCAGUGUUUGUAAUCCACAUUGACACAAAAGUAGUAACGAUGCACACGGCGAGUAGAAGCCUGGAAAAUAAAAAAGUUGAGCUCUCAAAAAGUCAAUUUAGCUUGGGGACAGGAAGCGCUAUGGGGCCGGAAGUGAGCGGUCAAAGCUUUAAUGGCACAGACUUAGAAAUUAAUAAGCUAGUUAUUCAAAAAAGAUGAAGGACCUCUGAAGGUCGUGUUAGGAGCACCACACAACUUCCUACACUCUCCCGUCUUCGACAAGACUCUGCGCCUUGGUGAUGAUUGCGAUGGAGACAGACAAGAUGUCAACAGCAUCAUCAGUGGGUGCUGAGAGGAGGCCCUUGCUGCAAGCGUUAGUGCUGGAGAGAAGGAUCCUUUUCGCUUGCACUGUUCUCGUUGGCUUGUCAACAUUUGUAUGGAUAACUGCUGUAUGCACCGAGAAAUGGGUGCAUAUUUAUAGUGCAAAUGGUAUAUAUCUACCAACCAGGGGAGAAUAUUUUAUGUGGAGUGACUCCGGUGUAUGGGAAAUAUGUAGAUACGUAUUUCGUCCUACGCUUGUUCCCGAGGCAGUGAAUGCAUCAACACCAAGACCUAUUGAUGUUACAGGGUUGACAGGGGAAUAUUAUACAAACUGCACGAACUACUUAGCACAGCCUGUUAUGAAGAAUGGAAAACCAACAGAUCCCGCUUAUGAUAUUGAUGUUGCUAACUAUGUUCGAACGAUGAUAUCAUUCGGUAUCAUAAGUUUGUUCGUUAUGGCUAUGGGCUGUGGCUUCUCAAUCUACACCUUCCGCAACCCAAGAUAUAUGUUCAAGCGUCUCGCGGCUGGCAUACACUUUAUAAGCACUUCCUGUACUUUUGUAGUGGUGCAAGUCACAAUGUCGUCUUUGGAUCACAUGCAGAAGAACGUGAAAUAUAUUUAUCCUGAACGUGCAUCUCACUACUUCCACAUAAGUUACUUCCUGGCGUGGUUCGUUGUAUUAGUGAACUUCUUUGCAGCGGCGUCCUUCCUCUGGUAUUCCCGUAAAAGGAAAGGUGAUAAGGCAGCCACUGAUGAACUUGCAAUGGCGGACGAACCUACGAUCAUAGGUCGAUGACCUUUCAGUCUUUUUCUCACGGUCCAGGUACAAUGGAUAUUUCCACUACUCCUUAAACUCUGCUCAAACCAGACCAAAGAUCUGCGAAAACGUCUUCCACAAACGCUAGUUUUAAUCCAACAGCUUUCGGCUUUUUUUCAAUGCUCGUUUAUUUUAUAGGUAUUUGAAAUGCAAUAUUUCUCUAUCAAGUUUCUUUUUAUAUACAUUAAAUCGGUUUUUCAAUAAUCCAUAAUCAAUGAAGGCAACUUUAGGUCAUAUUUAAGACCUUUCACAUACAGUUGUGGAUAUCAUCUACCUAUAUUGAAAUUGAAUACCUUUGAAGUGAGCUGGCUAGAAGAAGCUAUAAUAAGUUUUUUUGAAAAAAAAUUAAUUGACAUGGAUUUCAAUUUGAAAAUAAAACUUGCGAUGCAUUAAAGCUUGUCUUUUAUUAUAUUCUACUAUUGUUAUAUUCUUAUUAAGAUAUGUAUUAUUUAAAAUAAAAAUAAUGGUGUCUGAACUUUCAAAUUUGAUGAUUUUGUCUGAAGUUUAUUACUUGUUUAUAAAAUCUGUAUUUAUUCUCAUAUUAUUAUAAUUUAUUGUUGAAUUUUAGGAAUGUAUUCGAAGUGCUAAAUAUACUUAGUUUUAAGAUCUUGUAGUAAUUUUAAUUAAAUAUAUUCAAGGUAUCCCUCUUGAUAACACCAAGUUGCUUGUAUAUGAUAUAGUUCUAUAACUUCUACAUUUUAAUAACAUUUGCUCAUUUUAAUAUGGUUGUAGCUAAAAUAAACUUGAGAGCCCAAACAACCUAUUUUCAAAAUAAUUAGCAUUUUCUUGUGCGUCAAUAGAUAUUGCCCCCAAUAGUUAAUAGUUGAGUGUAAGCCAAAAUAAAAAUGAUUAAGUCAUAGUUGCGGUAGCAGAAAAGUGACAAGUUUAAAAACAUCGCCGUUAUUUUUCUAUAAAAAAUAUCUUAUUAUAUAUGCGGCGAAGAGAAGGAGAGAAGUAUCAAAAGAAUUAGUUAAAACUGAGAUAUGUUCUUGUCUUUCAUCAAAAAUAAUCAUAAAACUGAAAAUACAUAAAUGUAUAAACGACACUACUUAAACCGCUCUAGAGACCGUGGCUUCAUUAUAAUUCUUGCUGUGUUACAAAUUCCAGAGAUAAAUGGCAAAAUGAGUCUGUACGUUUGCAAGUAGUUGGAAAUACUUGAAAACAAGAAAGAUACUCCGAGUCCUGAAUAACAAAAACGUUCGUUCUAAAUUUAAAAUUUCCGCUUCCGUCAUGUCAAGUAGGUGUUUCGAUAUGUCACACCUAAAAUAACAAAGAAAUGAAAUUCCUCCUUAUCGCCUCAUUAAUUUUGUGUAACAACUUUAUUUUUUUAAAUAAAAUCUAUUAAAAAUACACACUUGUGAAUAAAUACUUUGUUGACAGUUGAUCUCUAUGAGUAUUCAGGGUAAGAAAUGUACCUGAAAAGGUUUACCAUCUAAUAGCUACAACCUUACUGCCUAAUGUAUAUUUAAAUACUUAUUAUAUAUUAUUUUAAACUAAGUACAAACUGUUUUCUUAUUAGUGUUUUUAGUGAUAAUUAUAGAUGCUAUAAAGCUUACUGUUUUUUAAAGAUUUCCUUGUAUUUUUAAGAUUCAAAUUGAUUGUUAUUCGAAUUCAAACAUUUUUGCAAAUUUAUGAUGAUUGUUUU